AUGGCUAGAAGGAAGGAUCUUUCUUCCUUUGAGAGGGCUGCCAUAAUCCAAUUUCUUCUUGAAGGAAGCCAAAGUGGAAAACCAGCUAGAGGCAAGAUCAAUGCCGCGGUGCAAAAGUGGAGCUAUUGCCGACGAACGAUUAGUCGUAUUUUGGCAGCUGCAAAUAAACAAAGAGAAAGUGGUGAGGUAAUUAGUUCAUUGAGUAAAAAAAAGCUAAGGCCAAGGAGAAAACCUGUAGAACUUGAUUUACAUUUGAUUGCUAGCUUAGAAUUGUCAAAAAGAUCUACCAUUAGAAGGCUAGCAUGUGGGAUUAAAUGCAGUAAAAGCACUGUUGGUAGAUGGAUAAAAUCAGGACUGAUCAAACCUCAUUCAAGUGCAAUAAAACCUGAUCUUACUGCUCCAAACAAGUUGCUUAGGCUACGGUCUUCCUUAGAAGCUCUAGAAUAUGACAGGAUUCUUAGGAGUUUGACAUUUAAAAGCAUGCAUAACACAGUCCACAUUGAUGAGAAAUGGUUCUACAUCACAAAAAGUGCACAGAGGUUCUAUUUGACUCCUGAGGAGAUAGAACCUCACAAGACAUGCAAGAACAAGAAGUUCAUCACUAAGGUGAUGUUCAUGUGUGCUGUAUGUAGGCCAGUUUUGGGGGCUGAUGGUGAAUGCUUGUUUAGUUAUAAUAGGAAAAAAGAAGACAUUGUUUGUAAAAAGUAA